UCAAAAUUCAAAUCAAAACACAAAAGUUCAAAAAUCAAAUUGUGAUUGUGAGUCCAAACUUCAGUCUUCAAUGCUUUGAAUCUUUAUCAAUAAUUUCAAAAUUUAAUUGACGAGCUAUUAAGUUAUAUUAAUCUUUAUACCCACCACGUUACUAUUUAAUUCCUAGAAUGACUGGAGAACCAGAGAAACUUCAUUGUUUUAAAGUAGAAAAUAAGUUUAUUGUUAAAAGUGGCUGUAAAAAACGGAUGUGGAGAUCACUAAAACAAAUAUUAGCCACUGACAGAGCUUUACCAUGGCCCAAUGAUGCUGUACUAUAUUAUUCAAUAAACGCACCACCUACAUUUAAACCAACAAAGAAAUAUUCAGAUAUAUCUGGACUCCCUGCGCCAUAUGUUGACAGACACUCCAAGUUGUAUUAUAGUAAUGCAGAUGAGUUUGCCACAGUGAGAAGUCUACCCAUGGACAUAACUGCAGGGUAUUUACAGCUAAGAGGAGCUACUACCAUUGUUGGAUAAUGUUCAUUAUAAACAACACUGGGUGAUCUAGCAAAAAUUGAACUGCCAUAGAAAAUUACUAAAAUUGCUAUUAAGAAUAAAAGGGUAGGAGGGUGAAAAAUAACAAAUCUCAUUUCUAGUUUCGAAGGAGUGCAACCACAAACUCUGUGGCAAGAGAAUAAUAUGUAAUUCUCACACAAAACAAUUGAUUGGUUUUAAUUGGUCUCUAAUUAAAGUGUGUAAAAUAUAAACAAUAUAUUUAAUUUUGGAUUCAAUUCAUUAUAGAAUUCUACUAAAUUCUUCAAUCACAAUAAAGAUUUGUCCAUUUUA